AAUGGCUAAGUGAGUGAGACAGGCCAACCGCCAGGCAGUGGAGGGCGGCAGGGGUGUCUGCUGAGAAGAGGUGGGACCAAAGCACCUGGAGGGCUCUCCAGGAUGAAGGCAAACACUGAGGUCACAGGCUCCAUGGAGCCCUGCCCCAGCUAUAAGAGACCCUGGGCGCCCUGGGCACCCAGCUGCAGCGGUGUCAUGGCCAAGUCACACCUUCUGCCCUGGCUGCUUCUGCUGCCCACGCUAUGUGGUGCUGUUGCUGCUCUCUGGACCGCCUCAUCCCUGGCCUGUACCCAGGGUCCCAAGUUCUGGUGCCAAAGCCUGGAGCAAGCAGUGCAGUGCAGAGCCCUGGGACACUGUCUACAAGAAGUCUGGGGAUACGUGAGAGCUGAUGACCUGUGCCAAGAAUGUGAGGACAUCGUCCGCAUCCUCACAAAGGUGGCUAAGGAGGCCAUUUUGCAGAAAACCAUUCGGAAAUUCCUGGAGCAUGAGUGCGACGUCCUCCCUUUGAAGCUGCUUGUGCCCCGGUGCUACCGCAUGCUAGAAGCUGGCUUCCCUCUGAUCAUCGACUACUUCCAGAACCACACUACCCCAAAGUACAUCUGCCAGAACCUUGGCCUGUGUGGACGCGGGCAGCUGGAGCCAGAGACGGAGCCAGGGACGCGGGACCCUCUGCCUUACUCUCUGUCAGAGCCUCUGCCGGACAAGCUGGUGUUCCCCAGACUGCAGAGGGACCUCUCAGUGUGGCCUGGGCCUCACACCCAGGAUCUCUCCGAGCAGCAGUUCCCCAUCCCGCUGCCCUUCUGCUGGCUCUGCAGAACGCUGCUCAAGCGGGUCCAAGCCAUGAUUCCCAAGGGUGUGCUGGCUGUGGCUGUGGCCCAGGUGUGCCACGUGGUGCCCCUGGUGGCGGGUGGCAUCUGCCAGUGCUUGGCGGAACGCUACACAGUCCUCCUGCUGGAUGCACUCAUGAGCCGCAUGCUGCCCCAGCUGGUAUGCGGCCUCGUCCUCCGGUGCUCCAUGGAGAACAGCGCCGGCCCAGUCCUCCCAGUGCUGUCCCUGCCAGAAGAAUGGCUGUCGAAGAACUCGGAAUGCCACCUCUGCAUGUCUGUGACCACGCAGGCCUGGAACAGCAGUGAGCAGGCCAGGCCACAGGCCAUGCGCCAGGCCUGCCUUAGUUUCCCGCUGGACAGGCAAAAGUGUGAGCAAUUUGUGGAACAGUACUUGCCCCAGCUGCUGGCCCUGGUGCCCAAAGGCAAGAAUGUCCGCACCACCUGCCAGGCGCUGGGGGUGUGCGAGGCUGGGUCCAACCCUCUCCAGUGUUUCCAGAUCCUGAGUUCUGAUGAGAGCUCAGCUUCCAGGUGAAUUUGCCAACCUUUGCAUGAAAUUCCAGUGGUGACUGUUUCUCCUAUGAUU